AUGGUAUCUGUGAACCCUAAUCAAACACAAGCCUUUUACUUCUUCGAUCCUUCAAACAUGGGUCUUCCCGGCGUCAACCAACUUCCACCACCGCAACAACCACCUACUACCGCCGCCGCAUCUACCUCUUCCGAGGAUCCGAAUAAGAAGAUCCGGAAACCGUACACGAUUACUAAAUCCAGAGAGAGUUGGACUGACCAGGAGCAUGAUAAGUUUCUAGAAGCUCUCCAACUAUUCGAACGUGACUGGAAGAAGAUUGAAGCCUUUGUUGGUUCAAAAACUGUUAUUCAGAUACGGAGUCAUGCACAAAAGUAUUUUCUCAAAGUUCAGAAGAGUGGAACAAGCGAACACGUACCUCCUCCUCGGCCAAAGAGAAAAGCUGCUCACCCAUACCCUCAAAAAGCUCCAAAAAACGUUCCUACUGCAUCCCAAGUCACCGGGCCAUUGCAAUCGUCAACUUCUUUUGUUGACCCACCAUACAUUUAUAGCACAGAUUCAUCAUCUGUGCUUGGAACACCAGUUACUAGUCUGCCUUUGUCAUCUUGGAAUUAUAAUGCUAAACCACCAGCCAGUGUGCCACAACUGACUACAGAUGACACGGGAUGGACUGGAUCUGGACAAGCUGCUCCUCUUAAUUGUUGCAAUAGCAGUAGUAAUGACAGCACUCACCUUGCUUUGCCAAGUAGUAAAGGGAUUAAUCAAGGCAAUGUGGGCAAGCCAGUUCAUGUCAUGCCAGAUUUUGCACAAGUAUACAACUUCAUUGGCAGUGUAUUUGAUCCAAAUUCAACAAAUCACCUACAGAGGUUAAAGCAGAUGGACCCAAUUAAUGUUGAAACGGCACUGCUAUUGAUGAGAAACCUCUCCAUUAAUUUAACGAGUCCAGAAUUUGAGGAUCAUAAGAAGCUACUGUCGUCAUAUGAUGCUAACAGUGAAAAGGAAAAGUUUGGUAAACCAAGCAGCAGCAAAGCCAUGCCUGUUGUUAAAUCUGAAAAUGCCGUUUUUUCUGCUUAG